GAAUUAUUCAUUGUGGAGAUCACAAGAUCUUUUUUAUUGUUGUGAGAAAAAUUAUGGGAAUACCAGAAUUUCUUAUUUUUCUAUCAAUUUUCGGUCUUUUGUGGUUUGAAAGAAAGAAGAAGAGCUUCUACAAAAGCCACGGUAUUUCCUAUAUAUCUGGAUGGCCUAUCAUUGGAUGUGUUAAUUCUUUGUCAGGGGACUUCAAUAGUUGGUUAUAUAGUUUGUGCAAAAAGCAUCAAGAAGAUCCCAUUAUUGCUAUAAAUAUUCUGCAAAACAACUUCUUAGUCAUACAGGACGCGGAAUUGAUUAGGAAAAUUCUUGUUGCAGAUUUUCAUUUAUUUUGCGAAAGGACAUUCACACUAAGCUCAGAAAUAGACCCUUUGGUGUCUUUUUCCCUGCCAUUUACCAAGUAUGUCGAUUGGAAAAAACUUCGACGACACAUUGGUCCCGUUUUUGCAUCUAUAAAAUAUAAAAACUAUCUCCCCUUGAUGGAGGAAACAGCUAGAAUUUUAGAAGAAAAAUUAGCAAAGGAAAUUUCACACGAAACCCCGCAAGAGUACGAAAUAGCUGAUAUUUUUGGACGAUACCUCACUGAUUCAUUCUCAUCUUGUCUUUUUGGUGUCAAUACAAGAAGUUUGCAUAAUGAGUAUUCACCUGUGUUGGAAUUCGUCAAGAAAGCAAGUAAUUUCGACACAAAAAGAUCUUUCGGAAUGUUUUUUGCUGCCUUAAUGCCUAAAACUGCCAAAUUUUUCGGCAUCACAAUCACACUUAGAGAUGCAAAUGAAAUGAUGAUAAACUAUGUGAAACGAUUAAUGCAAAAUCGAAGGGAUUGUGGAGAGAUUAGAAAUGAUCUAAUUGAUAUGUUUACCAACGCACAAGAAGAUGAACCGGAUUAUUUUAAUGAAGAAGUUGUCAUGUCGCAGAUUUUAGUUAUAAUUAUUGCUGGAUAUGAAUCUUGUACUUCUUUCUUUAAUUUUGCCCUCUAUGAAUUGGCAAGAAAUGCAGAAAUUCAGCAAAAGCUCAUAAAAGCCAUCGAGGAUCACAUUGAGCUUUAUGGUGAAAUUACUUGUGAGAAUAUUAAUGAUAUUGAAUACCUCGAUGCGGUCAUCAAAGAAACAAUGCGACUUUAUCCACCUCUUGGAAUUAUAGAUCGUUGCUAUAGGCCAAAUAAUUUUGAGCCCUACUCCUUGGAACCAUUCAGCUCAUUGAAAAUCCCACCAAAUACAAAAAUCGUCAUUCCAUCUUUUUCUACCCAAAGAAACCCAAAAAUAUUCCCAAAUCCCGACAAAUUUAAUCCUGAUCGUUUUGGUGAAAAUUCAAAAAUUGAUCCCAACUUCUAUUUUCCCUUCAGCCAGGGACCUAAAGCUUGUCCCGGAGGACGUUUUGCGAUGUACGAAAUAAAAUUAGGUCUCGUGGCAGUUUUUAAAAAUUACACAGUUGAAUUUUGUGAGAAAACUUUUGAAAAAAUGGAGCUUAAAUCCAAAUCUUUGGUUAUAAAAACGAAGAAACCCCUUUGGCUGAAGUUUAAAAAGCUUUAGACAUAAGAAUGGUUGAAGAAAAUAACUAAAUAAUAUUUUAAAGGGUUUGUGGAACAUCAAAGAUUAAUCAUGGAAACAGAAAUAAUAAAGAAUUACGGGAGCUUUAUAAUAAAAGCUUUUAAAGUAGGUAGAUAAAAGGUUUCCCAAUUAAAUAUAAAAGUGAAUGAACCAUGGGAAUACCUUUAUUGUAAUGGAAAUAAAAUGAAAUUCAGCUAAAUAAAUACAGACGUUAACCUAUACCAAAAAA